GGGCCGCUAAUGCGCAGGCGUACGCGCCUCCAGGCGCACGCGCAGUUCCUGCCCCAGGAACCCGGCAGCCACGGUGUGGGGCGCGCAGGCUACGCCGCCCGCUGCCGCUGUCACUAUGGCCCAUUACAAAGCCGCCGACUCGAAGCGGGAGCAGUUCCGGAGGUACCUAGAGAAGUCGGGAGUGCUGGACACGCUCACCAAAGUAUUGGUCGCCUUGUAUGAAGAACCAGAAAAACCCAAUAGUGCAUUGGAUUUUCUAAAGCAUCACUUAGGAGCUGCGACUCCAGAAAAUCCAGAAAUAGAGUUGCUUCGCUUAGAAUUGGCCGAGGUGAAAGAAAAAUAUGAAGCUGUAGUAGAAGAAAACAAAAAACUGAAAGCAAAGCUUGCUCAGUAUGAACCACUUCAGGAGGAGAAGCGUGCUGAAUAGGAUUCUUCUCAGUUGAACAGGCACUGAAAACUGGCUUUGUACGAUUUACAUAGUUUGUAUAGUAUAUAAUCAGUCUUUUAUGGACAGAUACUAUAGAACUCUUCUAAUAUGUUAAAUUCACUUAUCACAUUUAAUUGUUAUAAAAACACUUAGAAUCACUAAUAAAUAAACUUAAUAUAAUUUUCUUUGGCUCAUAAAGCAGGAAAAUCAAAAGUAAAUCCUGAGGAAUUCUGCACACAGCUAUCUAAAUUGUUUUUCAUUACCUUAAAAUGGAGUUAUCUGUUGUUUUCUUAGAUUAAAAAUGACUGUACUGUUGUUACAUUUUAACCAAGCAAAACUGAGCAUGGAGCUGCCUUGAGUUGUUUGCAGGAUGGAAGGCCAGAGAGGACCAUGCUUUGUAAAGCUAACAACACUGGGAGGCUCCCUUGUGAGCUUGGCCUGUAGCUGAGGAGUCCUGCCCCACUUUCCCUGGAGCCCCUGUCGAGAUGCCGUGCCUUGGACGCCAUCUCGGCUUUUGCUGGUUCACUGGCCCUCGAUCCUCCAGUUCGGUGUUGUGAUUGUGCUCUGGCUGCUGGCUCGUGUGCUGCUUGGUAGUGGGCUCCCCUGUGUUCCUCCUGCACCUUGGCCUUUGAAUAUUUGUUCUGCAACUUGAGAUACGGUAGCACUUCCUGAGCCAAAGUUCAUGGAACUUUAAACAGAGCCAGACCUGCUGCUACUAAUGCACAGUGUAGCCUUGGGCAAGUUACUUCCUCCCAUAAGGCCUCAGUUUCCUCUUCUGUAAACUGAGGGGCUUGCUCUCUGUGGUCUCCAAGGUCCCUUCUAGUUCUGAUGGUCUGUAAUUCUUGUGCCCGUUUCUUCCCCCUGAUACUUGCUUAUUUAUGUGCAGCACUGAUCAAAGACUGUCCUGAAAGGAGACAGUCCUCGACCUUUGGUACCUGUAGCUUAUGGUCAUUGAAGAGUGUAUUUCACCCCUAAAAUAUUUACCCUCUUGGUCUUUCAUCUCAUCCUUAUUAUCCCUAUGAAGUAGGCAGGGCAGGAGUGAGGUAGGGAAGGCUUUUUUACCUUCCCCCCAGGCCUCUCUUCAGUUACCCCAUGUUCUUGAUCCUUCCUCCGAGCCCAUUUGUCCUUGUGUGGCCUCAUUUGGGGGUCACUUCACCUCUGGGGCCUCAGUUUCUUAUGUAUAAAAUGAAGGGGCUGGACUCUAAAUAGCCUUGCUUAUACUGUACUUUCAAAUUGUGUCCUUGUAGAUGGUACAGUGUCUCCUAAUAACCACUGGGAGUCUCAAAAGGGUCUCCUCGAUUAAGUUGAGUGGUUUGGUUAGUAAUAACACAUUAUAGCCUCUGCUGAAAGCUAUUCCAACUUGAUGGUACUAAAUCUAGUUAAUCCGAUGUGCCUUGCUGGUCCCACUCUUUACAUCUGUGGAGGUGGUUUAAAUGCAAUACUGUUAUUUCAGCUAUUUUUAAAAUUAAGCGCCUACUAAAGAUAAGGUGCUGUGGAAUAUACAAAAAUGAAUUCAAUCCAGUAGGAGAGAAGCUACCACUAACUACACUACCAGACCUAUAUAAAGUGCCACAAGAGAGGGAAAUGAGGUAUUCAAUUCAAUUGAAGGGAGACAUCACUUUCACCUUUGCGGGGAAAGUGGGGUGAGCUUGGGGCAAGCAACAAAUGAUUUCACUUGGAUUUACCUAGUUUAAGUAAAUGGCAUGACACUUCUCCAUGGAUGGGUUUGGACAGGAACUAACCAUUUCCUUUCUGGAUGGCGUUAGCACAAUGGCAGGUGUAGGGCAAAGUUUGAUGAAUCCACAGUUCAAGGAUCAGUGGUUUUCCUCAGUAUGGAUGCCCCCUCCACCAACACAGAUUUCUGCUCUUCUCUAAUGCUAGUUAGGUAGCCUUCGAGAGUUUCUGUGGCUGAAAAAUCCAAUAUUGUGUGGCCUUGAUCUUGAAAUUUAGCUGGAUUGGUCUUGAGAUUACAGUCUGUCACUGGGUUCCUAUUCAAGGACCCAGGGUCACCAUCAGCAUUUCCUCUACAUUUGUUAUAUGAUGUGGUAAAAUGUGGGUUGGAUGGGUGAUCAUGUGGCUAAUUAAAGCUGGUUGAACUUUA